UGAGCUGCAGGGUUUCACAAGACGGCUGGGGAAUGCAGCUGUUUCCUGCUUCCAGCUCCAUGUCCCUCGCACUUCCCAGGAUCUUAUGGAAUAACUUUCAACGUGUUGGACUCAGGGACUCACAAUCAACAACGAAUCAGCUUCCUUCCUAACAUUCUUCAGCGGCUGUGAUUCUGAAACCACUGGAAGGUUGAUGAGGAACAUCAUUUUUUUCUCUCCCCUCUCUCUCACCCUGACUCUCUCUCUCCGGGAACUUGGAAAAACAGUCAGUUUUUUUGCUUUGCCGCUCGAUAGAUCUCGAACUGUAAGGACCACCCACCCAGCGACCUACCGUACACAAGCAAAAAUGUCCUGGAGCAAGUACACAGAUGCUUUCAAAUGUUGUUGCGAUUUCCGGAUAAUGGGCUGCGUGCAUUGCAAAGAGAAGGGGUCACCCAAAUCCCAAGCUGACGAUGGGAAUGGAUUCUUCAACCAGAACACAAACCCACGUUACGGUCCAGACCCCACCAAUCAACCACAGACGGCGGUCUUCACCCGGAUCCCCGACUUCAACAGCUUCCACGAUGCAUCGGGUUCGGCUUUGACCCCUUUUGGGGGUUCAGUCGGUUACCCGGCGAGCACACUAACAACGAGAAGCGGAGGAGGAGUGCCAGGAGGCGUUACGCUGUUCAUCGCGCUGUACGAUUACGACGCCAGGACUGAGGACGACCUCACCUUUAAGAAAGGAGAAAAAUUCCACCUCAUCAAUAACUCGGAAGGUGACUGGUGGGAAGUUCGGUCGCUGUCGACAGGGAAUACUGGAUACGUUCCCAGUAAUUACGUGGCUCCAGUCAACUCGAUCCAGGCAGAAGAAUGGUACUUUGGCAAGAUGGGUCGGAAGGACGCAGAACGGAUGUUAGUGUGCCCCAGUAACCCACGUGGCACCUUCCUCAUCCGCGAAAGUGAAACCACCAAAGGUGCCUAUUCCCUGUCAAUCCGGGACUGGGACGAGGUGAAGGGAGAUCACGUGAAACAUUAUAAGAUCCGUAAGCUGGACAAUGGUGGGUAUUACAUUACAACCCGGGCCCAGUUUGAGACUGUGCAGCAACUUGUCCAGCAUUACACAGACCGAGCAGCUGGGCUGUGCUGCCGGUUGGUGGUGCCGUGCCACAAGGGGAUGCCAAAGCUGGCAGACCUUUCGGUCAAAACCAAAGAUGUGUGGGAAAUACCUCGCGAGUCGCUGCAGCUCAUCAAGAAGCUGGGCAAUGGGCAGUUUGGGGAAGUGUGGAUGGGCACAUGGAAUGGGACCACCAAGGUUGCAGUGAAGACUCUGAAACCCGGGACCAUGUCUCCAGAAGCCUUUCUUGAAGAAGCCCAGAUAAUGAAGAGACUCCGACAUGACAAACUGGUGCAGCUUUACGCCGUGGUGUCUGAGGAACCCAUCUACAUUGUCACAGAGUUCAUGAGUCAAGGAAGCUUGCUCGAGUUCUUAAAGGAUGGAGACGGGAGGAUAUUGAAACUACCACAGCUGGUUGACAUGGCAGCUCAGAUUGCUGCAGGGAUGGCCUAUAUUGAACGGAUGAACUACAUACACCGAGAUUUGAGGGCAGCAAACAUACUGGUGGCCGAGAACCUCGUGUGCAAGAUAGCGGACUUCGGACUGGCCAGGCUGAUCGAAGACAAUGAGUACACAGCACGGCAAGGUGCCAAGUUCCCUAUCAAAUGGACCGCUCCUGAAGCCGCCCUCUAUGGAAAGUUUACAAUCAAGUCUGACGUGUGGUCAUUUGGAAUCCUUCUGACAGAGCUGGUCACCAAGGGAAGGGUUCCUUACCCAGGAAUGAACAACCGGGAAGUACUAGAACAAGUGGAGCGAGGAUACAGGAUGCCGAGUCCUCAUGGCUGUCCCGGGUCUCUGCACGACCUUAUGAUCCAGUGUUGGAAGAAGGAUCCAGAGGACAGACCCACCUUUGAGUAUCUGCAGUCCUUCCUCGAGGACUAUUUCACAGCAACAGAACCCCAGUACCAGCCCGGAGAAAACCUGUAGGCCUUCCUGGCUCCCAAAACAUUCCUGAGUCUGUGAAAUCUGCAUUUACGGUUGCGUGCUAAACUUUUCCAAGGUGGCUGAUCCUGGAGUCUUACCUCUGAUGAGACCUGGGUAUAAAACUUGAAGGAACUCAUUGCGUAUCAGGCUGGCUGGCUGGAGGAGCUUCCAAGUCGUGAGACCUGACUCCCUCCCAACCGUUCUGGGUUGGAGAUGGCGGCUUCUCUCUCUGCUGCACUUAACAUUUAUCACCUUUUAAAGUACAGAAGUUCGCAAACCCGACUCUGCAUUCGGAUCGUGGGUCAAGUGUGAGUUGCACUGAUGUUGUUCGGCAAAGCACUGAGCUCCCAACACCGAAUUUUAAGCCUACUUGACUGGUUCCGUCAGGACCUGGAACCACAUCCGUUGGCUGUGGAACUGCAUGGGUUUAUUGGGGUGUUGCUUUUUUAAAGCAGUGUAUAUGAUAUGUGGGACUGAUCUCCUAUGCUUAUUUAACAAUGUUGCCUAGCACCAUACUAAAAUAGCUAGAUCUCUCCUUUUCUUUUCUUUCUUUCCUAUUAAUAUUUCACUGAGCUUUUAUAUUUGAUUUGCCAUAUUCGAGAAAUAUUUUAUCCGGUUCUUUGUACAAUUUUUUAAGGCCUACGAAAUAAGGAAAAAGCAUUAAAAAUGCCUAAUUUUUUACGGUGGCAUCGCGCCAAUCUGAUGGACCAGUUCAGACACUGAGAGAGAGAAAAAAAUAACUGUCGAAAUGUAAAUAUGGUCAACUUUUGUGCCAGGGUUUGAUGGGUUGAAAUCAUGGAUUAGGUGAGGAACAAAAAAACAUUCAACCUGAUAAGCUACACAAGCAAAGCAGCCACGAUAUGGUAAUAGAUUGUUACCAUGUUUGAGUCACUGGGUAUUAUAAAAUUAUGCUUGUGUUGUUUGUGAGCAGGAUAGCCGAAUUGUCUACGUGUAGGAGCACUGGAUCUUAAAGAGACGUUCUACUGAGCAGGGUUGUAAGAUAGACACUGAAGUCAUGGGGGUAGUGGGGAGGGAAAACGAUUUUUUUCGUGGGAAUUCCUGAGAAAAUGUGUUAUAAUUUAGACACGUCAAUUGCUAAGUAUUUAAUCCAAUUGUACUUUCAUGUCAUUCAGUUAAAACUCUUCUGUUCAGCAUGAUUUUACGUGCAAACGUAUUGUAAGUGCCUCACCCAGGCGACGCCUCACUUUUUAUCGGGCAGAUAAAAAAAAAAGUUAUACUUAAUGGAUCGACACAGAUCAAAGCCAUUGGUAAACCGUAUGUCUCCUAAGCCCACAAAAUACACAGUCAAUCCACUUUACACUAUGUUCUGUGAAGCG